AAAUUCGAAGAGCUUUUCGGGCCGGGCAUUCAUCGUUGGUCUCUCCUUCCCUUCCCCUUGCCCUUCCCCUUCCCCUUCCCCAAGUCUCAGUGACCUCCUCACAGACAGCAGCAGCAGCAGCAGCUGGUCGGAGCUACACCCCGCAGGCACGCGCACGCACGGAUCACGCAAUGCCUCCCACCAUGCUCGCGCCGGUGCCCACGAGGCCCCGCUCCAACCCCUACCGCCGGCGGAGAGGGGCGGCUCCGCUGCUCCUCGAUCAGGCCGCGACUGCGGCAGCGGCGGGGAAGCGGCCCGCUGAGUCGUCCACCUCGGCCUCCUCCUGCUUCUACAGCGAGGUGAUCUCCGCCUCCUCCACCUCUCUCGCCGCGUAUCAACGCCCGGAGAAGAGGUCUCGCCGCCAGGACGAGGACGAGGCGCGCCCGGCCGGCUCCGAGUGCUCGGUGGUGAUCGGCGGCGCGAGGGCGCUCCCCGCCGAGGUCGAGGCCUCCGAGUCGUCGUGCCUCGGCUCCGUGCUCGAGUCCGACCUCGCCUGCCCGGAGCAGCUCGCCGACGACGCCGAGGCGACCGAGUACUCCUCGGCGUACGAGGAGCUGACCCCGUCGGAGCCCGAUGAGGAGGAGGAGGUGCUCAGCGGUCCUUGCAGCUGCGCCGAGUACUCCCUCAGCCCCCUGAUCAGCUCCCCCUUGACCGACAACGACGACGACACUACCGCGCCCUCCGCAACCUUCUCCCUCUUCCUCGACUUCGCCAAGCAGUUCAUCCCCUGCGUGCACCCCGAAGCGCGCGCCGUCAACAAUGCCGCUCUCGAUCUCCUGACGGGGAGGCGGUUUGAGGACUUGGACGACGAGGAGAGCUACGAGCGGUUCCGGCGGCGCGAGCGGCGCGAGGCGGUUGCACGCGACUACACUGAGGUGUACGGCUCCAUGCCCGGCAGCGACGGCCCUCUCGUCGUGGAGCAACGUGUCGUCAUGGUGAACUGGAUCAUCGAGCAUUCGUAUCUGACGAAGCUGCAGCCAGUGACCGUUUUCAUGGGGAUUGGACUGAUGGACCGCUUCUUGACACAAGGAUACAUGAAGAGUCUGAGAAAUCUGCAGUUGCUGGGCAUUGCCUGCAUCACCCUGGCCACCCGCAUAGAAGAGAACCAACCGUACAAUUGCGUCCUUCAAAAGACCUUCAAAGUUGGGAUCAAUACUUACAGCCGGAGUGAGGUUGUUGCCAUGGAGUGGCUGGUUCAGGAGGUCCUGAACUUCAAGUGUUUCGUCACAACAACUCACCAUUUCCUCUGGUUCUAUCUGAAGGCUGCAAAGGCAGAUGACAGGGUAGCGGACCUGGCAAAAUACCUGUCCUUGCUCUCACUUCUCAACCAUAAGCAGCUCUCCUUCUGGCCCUCAACUGUGGCAGCCGCUGUGGUAGCCCUUGCUUGCCUUGCCACAGACAAGGAGUCCUCAUGCCAUUUAGUCAUGGAGACUCACAUGAGGACGCAGGAUGACGAUCUGCCUGAAUGCCUAAUGAGCCUAGAGUGGCUGAUCAACUACGCUUCGUGAUACCCGUGACUCCCAGGUGACGAAAUUGAUCCACAGUUUUGCCGAUUCCCAGUUACACAGCACAGUUCAAGCGGUCAGAUAGACAUGAGGAUGUGUAGGCCAUACGUGAAUCUUAGCAUUAACAGAUUAUUCUGUACA